UUAUACAAUUCCUAAUCAGAUCUCCACAGUGAUAGAGAGAGAGAACAGAAGCGAGAGCAGAAGAAACUGAAUCCCAAUGGCGACGACGAUCCCACUCUUCGCUUCCUUCAAGUACGCCGACAGCUUAACCGUCGUCGGCAUCUCCUUCUGCACCGCGCUAGUCUGCGAAGCCAUCUCGUGGAUCCUGAUCUACCGCACGAGCUCCUACAAAUCCCUAAAAUACUCAAUCGACAAAGCCGCCAAGAAGCUCGAGACCAUGAAGACCGAGAACCCUUCCUCCAAGCUCACCAUCAAGAAGUCGAAGACCAAGAAGAUCGACCGCGUCGAGACGAGCCUGAAGGAGUCGAGCCGAGAUCUGUCCCUCUUCAAGUUCAAAUCCGGCGCCGUCGUGGCCCUCGUCCUCUUCGUCGUCUUCGGGCUGUUGAACUCGCUCUUCGAAGGUAAGGUCGUCGCGAAGCUCCCGUUCCAUCCGAUCGCGAUCGUGAAGAAGAUGAGCCACAGGGGGUUGAAAGGUGAUGAUCCGACGGAUUGUUCCAUGGCGUUUUUGUAUUUGUUGUGUUCGAUUAGUAUAAGGACGAAUCUGCAGAAGUUUCUAGGGUUCUCUCCGCCGCGUGGUGCUGCUGGUGCUGGUUUGUUCCCCAUGCCUGAUCCCAAGACUAACUGAUCCGUUAGUAUUGAUCAUUGUUCUAUCCUUUUGUUUUAAACAAUUUAAAGUUCUGAUGAUUAUGUUUUUGUUUGGAUUCGUCUUUAUUAAAUUUGUGGCGUCUGUCUCUGAUAAGAUACAGUAACAGAAUCAGCUUCUUUGUGA